CCAAUACACAAAUGUGAAAAUUCUAAAAGAAAUGUAGAACGAACAGUAAACGAAUCGAAGAAGGGAGGAGGGGACUGCAGUCUGGGAGCGACGGCGGAGCACAGCCAGCUGUAAGAACAUCGCCGCAGCUGUCGAUUCGCCGGUGUGGUUGAAGCUUUGGCCGAGUACUGCCUAAUUUCUUCUUUGGUAUCGGAUCACGAAGUGAAAUUCAGGGCAGAAUAUUUGGCGGCAAUUUCGAUCGACGAUGGUCGCGGCGUUAGCAAUUGAAUCGGCACCGUCCCAAAUUCUUGUGCUUGGAUUUCUGCACGGAGCCCUUAACUCCCUCAAGCGUGAUAUAUCUCGGAUGUUCGCGGUCUUUUACGGCCGACCUGACAUUGAUGAAGCGGCGAGGUAAAAUGACUACACAUUUCGAGCCUUUGGUUUGCUUCGGCUGAAAGGAGUGCGAAACUUCACCAAAUUUACAGUCUAAUGAGGAUGAGGAUUCAUUACAUCCUGCUCUUAAAAGUUUAAUGACAACUGUCGGUGACCAUUGCGAUUUGAGAUCUUCGGAUUGCUUUUCAGAAAAGCGUAAUUUUAAUGGCGAAGGUGAUCCGGGGGCUGUUUUCAACGUGUUGGAUGCUUUACUCAAGGGUAGUCUAGACCGUUUGAAGACCAUGAGGGAAAGCAUAUGUUUGGCGAAGUCAGGUCUUCAAAAGUGUGUUUUGGAGGCUACUCAACAACCUGACUACACAGUCAUGGUUAGGGAUUUGUGUUUAAAAGGAAAGUUUGGAGCAGCUCUUUUGCUUCGGAGAAAGUUAAUAAAAGAAGGUUUUGCUGUUGAUUUAGUCACACAUAAUUAUCUUCUUAAUGGACUGUGUAUAAACUGUGAUAUGGAGAUGGCAGAUUCUCUAUUUAGGGAAAUGCUAGAAAUGGGUCCUUCUCCCAAUUGUGCCACAUACAACAUCAUUAUUAAAGGUUUCUGCCUUCGUAUGAAUAUGGAUAAAGCUCUUGACCUAUUUUAUACCAUGGUUAAUAGUGGUAUUAGGCCAAGUAGAAUUACCUAUAACAUACUCUUACAUGCAUUGUGCAAGAGAGGCAUCUUGGUGGAUGCUAGGAAGCUUCUUGAAGUUAUCCUAGGUGAUGAUAUUAAAACAACAGAUGAUGCAAUCACAUCAACUAUACUGAUGGAUAGUUGUUUUAAAAGUGGAGAUACAAUCCAGGCCGUUGCUUUAUGGGACAAGAUGGUUGAAAAGAAGACUGAGAUUGAUGUUGUUGCAUACAAUGUUCUUAUUCACGGGCUUUGCUUGAAUCAAGACAAGAAAAUUGCGCUUGGCUAUGUUGCUGAUAUGCUUAAGAGAGGUUUUCUUCCCGACAUCUUUACAUACAACACUCUAAUCAGUGCUUUUUGUAAAGAGGGCCAAUUUGGUGAUGCUUACUAUAUCCAUGAUGUCAUGUCAAGAAUGGGUGUUUCUCCAGAUCAAAUUUUAUACAAAAUGAUUAUUCAAGCUCUAUGCAUGAAUGGAGAUGCUAUCAAAGCCGAUGAGUUUCUUCACUCAAUGUUAGAAAAAUCAAUGGUGCCUGAGCCUCAUAUUUGGAACCUGAUAAUUGAUUGUUAUGGAAGGUAUGGAUAUCUGAGCAAUGCAAUCUCCAAAAGGGAUCAGAUGUUGGUUGCUGGCGUGCAACCAAAUGUAUUUACUUACAAUGCAUUGAUUCAUGCACAAGUUAGAGGGGGAAACAUAUUUAGUGCAUAUUCUUUGAAAAAGGAAAUGCUUUUGUUAGGUCUUUUUCCAGACGUUGUUACUUAUAAUUUAUUGAUAAACGGUGCUUGUAAGCAUGGACAACUUCGUUUUGCCCUUCAAUUAUAUGAUGAAAUGCUGAGAAAGGGAUAUGAAGCAGAUAAGAUAACAUACACAGAACUGAUAAAUGGUCACUGUAUGUGUGGUGAAAUGAAGGAGGCAGAAGAUCUAUUUUUUGAGUUGCAUAGAUCUGGGUUGCCAAUGGAUAUUGUUCCAUUUAAAGUUAUUUUUGAAAAGUACCAAAAGAUAGGAGAGCCUGACAUGGCAUUGAAAUUUUAUCGAAGGUGGUUGGCAAGGAUGGCUUGAGGAGCUGUUUAACAAAACAAAUUAUUUGGGGUUACGACACUAUUUUUGCCAUUUUGGCCCACAAUCAUAGGAGAUUGGCAUACAGAUCUCUUUUACUGAGCAAGUAUAAUCCGGCCUUCUGUUUGUGGACAUUUCUGAUGGGUAAUGUUGCCCGCCUUGAGAUGUUGCGAAAAAUCCAAUACCGAGCUUCUAAGAGGAACAAACCAAUUCAGAAGGUGUUUUGGGGAUGAAUUUUGGGCUGUAUGGGCCUAUUGCAGAAAACAUUAGUAAUGGAUUUAUGCAGCUGUUAUAACCUCAAUACAUUAGUAAUGGAUUUAUGCAGAUGGGAUGAGACUCGAAAUUGUGGCACAAGUACACACCUUCACCUGGUCCAGUUGUGUAGCCCAGCAAUGAGGAUGCAGUUGAGAUAUUUUGAUUUGAGGAGUUUGGAGUGCAGCAUCACUCGACCCAUAGUUGAAAGCAGUAACUCUCAUUUAUAUGUUGCAAAGUGGGGAAGUUGUUUGUGAUGUCGUGGUUAAGUUCCUUGCCUUGUCAAAUUGCCGAGCUCCUUGACUCACUUUUUUGUCAGUCAAGUUAGCAAUAAACGAUGAUGACGAAAACCAAAUAAACUCAUGGAUCUCGAGGCUUGAUGAAGCGAAGUAGCCAAGCCAUCAUAUAGGGACCCGUCUAGUGGUACAUUUUCCAGUACCAUUGGUUUAUUUUUCCAAACAAGGAACACUGACAGCACCACAGACAAACCCGUGGUUUGAGUAACAGUGUUCAUGCUAAUUACUAGAGCUGAUAUAGUAACUUAAGUUCACGAUGCAGUGGUGUCGGUAAAAGACACUGUUUAUUCGACUCGCAAUAAUGGAGUCUACUUGUUCUUUUCCUCAGCCAAGACCUACCUUCUAAUCUUAUCCCCAAAGUUGGCCCCCCCAAGCUGAAGAAUCGAGAAAAGAAGAGGACAUUUUAUAUGUAAAUACAAGUUUUUUUGUACUUGGAUCAGAGGGGGGUGGGUAGGGAAUGAGUUAGAAGGCAUGAAACUCUGGAAAUAAUCGACUUCCAAGGACUUGUACUGAAGAUGCUAAUGAAGCCUCUCUUAAAUCCAGUCAAUAGGGGAGGAGCCUUACAUUGUGCUGGGACAAAGCUACUGAGCCAAUGACUAAUGUUUCCCCUGAAGUUUGGAGGACUGUAUUCAGCGUCUUUGAAUAUGUAUAUAUAUGUGUGUGUGUGUGUGUGUGUGUGUAUAUGUAUGUAUAUAUAUAUAUAACUACCAAGGAUUCCUCAGGGUAAAACUAUUGAAGGAUGUGCAGCCAAAAUCACUUUGCCACUUUGUCAGUGGGUGAAAAGAUGUUUCAUUUUAAAUGAGCCAUUCUCUGUAUGAACUUAUGACAUUUUCUCUUUUUCUUCCUAUUUUUAGUUCAACAAAUGCCAGUAUAGGGAUUUGAACGGAGUAGUGUUAUUGGUAAGCGAUGUUCAUGUU